GCGGCGGAGUGUGCGUGGCUUUCGGAACGCGGCGGGCUGCAACGCCGCGGAGUGGGUCCCGGAACCGGCCGCGGUCAGGAGCAGCGAUGUCUGUGCAGGUGGCAGCCCCCGGAAGCGUGGGGCUGGGCCCCGAGCACCUGAGCCCUGAGGAGCUGGUGCGGCAGACGCGACAGGUAGUGCAGGGGCUGGAGGCCCUCCGUGCAGAGCACCGUGGCCUGGCCGGGCACCUGGAGGAGGCCCUGGCAGGACAGGACCCAGUCACCGGCUUGGAGCUGCUGGAGGAAAAGCAGCAGGUGGUGAGCCACGCGCUGGAAGCCAUCGAGCUGGGGCUGGGCGAGGCCCAGGUGCUGUUGGCCCUGUCGGCGCACGUGGGCGCCCUGGAGGCUGAGAAGCAGCGGCUGCGGGCGCAGGCCCGGCGGCUGGCCCAGGAGAACGUGUGGCUGCGGGAGGAGCUGGAGGAGGCACAGCGGCGGCUGCGGGCCAGCGAGGAGGCCGUGGCCCAGCUCGAGGAGGAGAAGAGCCACCUGGAGUUCCUGGGGCAGCUGCGGCAGUACGACCCACCUGCGGAGAACCAGCAGCCCGAGGUGCCCCCUCGCCGAGACAGCCUGGCCUCCCUGUUCCCCAGCGAGGAGGAGGAAAGGAAAGGCCCUGAGGCCAUGGGGGCCGCAGCAGCUCAACAGGGCGGCUACGAGAUCCCCGCCCGCCUCCGGACCCUGCACAACCUCGUGAUCCAGUACGCGGGGCAGGGCCGCUAUGAGGUGGCCGUGCCGCUGUGCCGCCAGGCCUUAGAGGACCUGGAGCGGAGCUCAGGCCACUGCCACCCUGACGUGGCCACCAUGCUCAACAUCCUGGCCCUGGUGUACCGGGACCAGAACAAGUACAAAGAAGCCACAGACCUUCUGCAUGACGCGCUGCAGAUCCGGGAGCAGACACUGGGCCCCGAGCACCCGGCGGUGGCUGCCACCCUCAACAACCUGGCGGUCCUCUAUGGGAAGCGCGGGCGGUACCGGGAGGCGGAGCCCCUGUGCCAGCGAGCCCUGGAGAUCCGUGAGAAGGUCCUGGGUGCCGACCAUCCGGAUGUGGCCAAGCAGCUCAACAACCUGGCCCUGCUCUGCCAGAACCAGGGCAAGUUCGAGGAGAUGGAGCGGCACUAUGCUCGGGCCCUGAGCAUUUACGAGGCCCUGGGCGGGCCCAAUGACCCAAACGUGGCUAAGACCAAGAACAACCUGGCCUCAGCCUACCUGAAACAGAACAAGUACCAGCAAGCGGAGGAGCUGUACAAAGAAAUCCUCAGCAGGGAGGACCUGCCCGCCCCUCUCGGAGCCCCCAACACAGGCGCAGCUGGUGAUGCAAGACAACAGACCCUUCGUCGGAGCAGCUCGUUCUCCAAGUUCCGUGAGUCCAUCCGGCGUGGGAGUGAGAAGCUGGUCUCCCGUCUCAGAGGCGAGGGGGCAGCGGGCGCAGCCGGGAUGAAGAGAGCCAUGUCACUCAGCACACUGCACGUGGAUGGCGCACAGGCUCCGGGGACCCAGCCCCUCCACCGGCACCUGAGUGAGGUCUCUCGGACCCUCAGCACCAGCACCCAGGACCUGGGCCCCCGCUAAAGUCAACAGGACCACGUGGCUGCGGCUUCCCCGGGAGAGGAGGAGACGGCGGGCAGAGAGGCCUUCCGUCUCCUGCCGGGCUCCCACCUCUGGGACAGCUGGUGGAUUGGGCUGCCUCCCCUCCUGCAAUUCCCCUCCUGCGAUUAA